UUUAUUUCAUAAAUCAUAAUUUAGGAUACUUUACCAAUUAUAUUCUUGGCAAUUAUUAUGUAAUACUUCUAAUUCAUGAAUAUUAUGACCAGAAUGUAAUGCGGUUACCUAUUCUUUUAAACAGGAAUAAUGAACAAAAACUUCUUAUUAAACAAUUGAAUAACAAUUUGAUUUCAUUUGAAAACAUUGAAUCAUCAAUUACUAAUUACUUGAAUCAAACAAUCAAACUAUUGAAACUAAAUAUUUUUAUGAUGGAUCAUUUAGAACAAGAUAAUAUUGAAGCAAUUAAAUCGAACACUUUAUUGAAAUCAGAAGAAACACAUUCUAUAUCAAAACAUUCAAUGGUUCCAUUGUCUCAUUUAGUCAAUACAAAACAAGUUAAAACAGAUCCAUUAGGUCUUGUUAUCGCUAAACGUAAACGUAAAGAAAUGGCUGAUCCACAAAUAGCCGAAGCAAUAUUGUCUGCAUCGAAAUUACCACCACCUAUUGUACCAGAAACUACAAAUUCAGUAGAUGUUCCAGAAGAACUGUUACAAAUAUUAGCAUUGGCUAAAGAUUACGAUAAAGAUGAUACAGAAAAUAUUGACUUUUUCAAGAAUUACUCACUUAUACAACCUAGAAAACCAUUAAAGACUGAAGUGAAUAAUGUGACAUACAUGAAACGUGAACGUCUAUGCAAGUUAUCAUCAUUGAAAAAGUAUUUCAUUACUAAAGAUUUCAUGGAGGACACUGAAGAAACUCGAACUUUGGUACAAAAUACUGUUCAUACAGAUGAAGAAUGGUUUAUGGAAAGUUUUUUACAUGUAUUGUGCAUUUUACUGAUCAUAAUUACAUUACCAUUGUCUUUGAUAUUUUGUUUAAAGGUUGUAACACACUAUGAACGAGCAGUACUAUUUCGCCUUGGAAGACUGGUUUCUGCAACUGCUAAAGGUCCAGGAUUAAUAUUUGUUCUUCCCUGUUUGGAUCGUUACCGUGUUUUGGAUUUACGUACUUUUACAUUUGAUGUACCUACACAAGAAGUACUUACAAAGGAUUCUGUCACAGUUGUAGUUAAUGCAGUUGUAUAUUAUCGUGUAAGAGACCCUGUACGUGCUGUAGUUAAUGUUGAAGACGCUAAUCGAGCAACCAGAGUUUUGGGACAAACCACUUUACUUAAUGUACUCGGUACAGUAAAUUUAGAAGAAUUACUUACUGCUAGAGAAGAUAUCGCAGCAUUAAUGCAGGAAUGCUUGGAUUCUGUAACAGAAGCCUGGGGUGUAAAAGUUGAAAGAGUAGAAAUUAAAGAUGUUCGUUUACCUAUACAACUUCAGAGAGCGAUGGCAGCAGAAGCAGAGUCUGUCAGAGAAGCCACUGCUAAAGUUAUAGCGGCUGAAGGUGAAAUGCGUGCUUCUGGUGCUUUAAAAGCAGCUGCUGUCGAAAUUAAACAACAUCCAAUUGCAAUGCAACUGCGUUAUCUUCAAACAGUCAACAGUAUUUCAUCAGGAAAACAAUCGACAAUUAUUUUUCCAGUACCCUUAGAUUUAACUUCACUGUUUCGGGCACAACUUGAUAAUAUUUUAUGCGGGAAUAUUUUCAAAAAUGUAAACUUUAAAGCAGAUAAUAAACUUGAGUUUCUUAAUAUUAAUAAUAACGAUGAGGAUAGUAAUGAAUAUGAAAAUGAACAAAAGGAAGAUUUGUACAAAGCAACCGGCCAAGAAAACAUUUUAACAAGUUCCUUGAAGUUACCAUAUCAAAUGUCAACUGAUGAAUUUAUGGAGUCUCUAUCACAAAUAGUUUAAGCAUGUAGUUUAAAUUCUACAAUACUAAAAUCUGUCAAUUAUAGAUCAAUUCUUUGAUAUUCCCAUGUUUUAUACGAUCCGCCUUCAUUUCAUAAUUUAGGGUGCCAUGUCUUCAUUGUAUAUAGUUCAAAUUCCUAAUAGAAAUACAGAAUUUCUUUUUAAAUGUUUAUUUCGCAUGAACGAUAUAUAUUUUCUUCUUUCACAACUAGUUAAUGUAGAAAUAAAUAUUCUGUAAACAAACGUUUUCAUUUGUUUGAUUGUUUGAACAUCUGUUCAAUUAUGACAGAAUGAAGAGGGCAUAUUUGGAAAAAUAAAUUCUCAUCCUCAAGGCGUAUCUGAAAUCUUUGAUGGGACUAAUGAUUCUAUCAUGAUACAAACCAACAUUAACCAGUAUUGGUUAGAGAAGUUACGACAAAGUUAUAAGGAAUGAAACUGAACUCCGGACGAUUGAGUUUUAACAACUGGUGCUUCACUCAGAGAGAUUCCAAUUUCGUAAUAAGUACCUGACAUUGCUGAUAAUAUAAG